AUGCCGCGCCUCGCCGCCGCCGCCGCCGUAGCACGCCGCGCCGGCGAGGCCCUGCGCCAAGGCGCGCUUGGGGGACUGCGGCCUCUCUCCUCCCUCCAACCGUCGAACGCUGCCUCCAGCGACGAGGUGCUCGUGGAAGGAAAGGCAAGUGCGCGCGCCGCCGUGCUCAACCGCCCCGGCUACCUCAAUGCCCUCACCAUCACCAUGGGAGCUAGGCUUAAUAAAUUUUAUGAAUCAUGGGAGGACAACCCAGACAUUGGCUUUGUCAUGAUGAAGGGCAGCGGCCGAGCAUUCUGUGCUGGUGGGGAUGUUGUUAAAUUACGUGAACUUAUCGGUGAAGGCAAGCUGGAGGAAUGUAAGGAUUUUUUCAAGACUUUGUACAUGUUCAUUUAUUUUCUGGGCACGUACUUGAAACCACAUAUUGCCAUUCUUGAUGGUGUUACUAUGGGUGGUGGUGGAGGUGUUUCCAUUCCUGGAACAUUCCGCAUUGCAACUGAUAGAACAGUCUUUGUGACUCCAGAAGUUCAUAUUGGAUUCCAUCCUGAUGCUGCAGCCUCAUUUUAUUUGUCGCAUCUAACUGGUCAUGUUGGGGAAUAUGUGGCCUUGACUGGUGAAAAGCUCAAUGGAACAGAUAUGAUUGCUCUUGGCCUUGCUACACACUAUUCCAUGAGUGGCCAUCUGGAUCUGAUCGAUGAACGACUUGCAAAGUUAGUAACUGAUGACCCAUCAGUUAUUGAUUCUUCCCUUGCACAAUAUGGAGACAUGGUUUAUCCAGACAAAAAAAGCAUUGUUCAUAGGCUGGAGGUGAUUGAUAAAUGCUUCAGCCAUGACACAGUUGAAGAGAUUGUUGAUGCCUUGGAAAAUGAAGCAGCUAGCUCAAAUGAAGAAUGGUGUACCUUGGCACUGAAACGAUUGAAAGAGGCCUCUCCGUUAGCUUUGAAGGUCUCACUGCGAUCGAUACGCGAGGGUAGGUAUCAGACACUUGAUGAGUGCCUUGUCCGUGAGUACCGCAUGUCCAUGAAUGGAAUCUCAAAGCAAUUUUCUCAUGAAUUCUGUGAGGGUGUCAGAGCACGACUAGUCGAAAAAGACUUCACUCCUAAGUGGGAUCCUCCUGCCCUUGAAUAUGUUACAAAUGACCUGGUUGACGCUUACUUCGCACCUCUUGGUGAUUUGGAGCCUGAGUUGAAGCUACCUACAGAAUCGCGAGAGGCAUUCGUAUGA